UGAUCAUAUCUCUCCAACUUGCUCGCUUAUCAGAGUACCCCAAGCCAGAAGCUUAGACAUGGAGGUACCACCACAGCAGCAUCAAACCAACAGAGUUGUUAAGGCUUUGCUUAUUCUCCUGAACUGUAGUUUAAUGGCAAUUGGUCAAAUUGGUGGUCCUUUGCUCGUUAGGCUCUACUUUCUUCACGGUGGAAAGAGAAAAUGGCUCACUGCUUGGCUUCUCACUGCUGCUUUCCCAUUGCUCAUCUUCCCAAUUGCCAUUUCUUUCACUCGAACCCGAACCAAAGCUCAAUCCACCAGACUAUUUGUCACACCAAGGCUACUUCUUUCUUGUGCCUUCAUUGGAUUUCUUCUUGGUUUUGACAGUUACCUCUACACCUUUGGCAUGUCUUAUCUUCCUCUUUCAGUUUCUUCUCUUUUGAGUACAUCCCAGCUCGCUUUCACUGCGUUUUUCGCGUUCAUCGUUGUGAAGCACAAGUUCACGCAUUACUCGGUAAAUGCUGUGGUUUUGAUGACCUUUGGGUCGGUUAUGUUGGGGUUACACAUGAAUGGAGAGCUUCCUAGUGGAGAAUCAGAUGGGAAAUAUUCGUUGGGGUUCUUCAUGACGCUUGCUGGUGCUGCUCUACAUGGGUUCUUAAUGCCAGCAGUGGAGUAUACCCACUUGAAGGCUGAAGUUCCUGUCACUUUUGAUUUGGUCAUGCAACUUCAGUUCCUAAUAUCACUCUUUUCCACUCUUUUUUGCACUGUUGGGAUGAUCAUCAACAAGGAUUUUCAGGCUAUACCGCAAGAGGCUGCAGAAUUCGAGCUAGGGGAGACCAAGUACUACAUGAUACUAAUAUUGGCAGCAGUGGCACUGCAAUUCUCGGUUAUCGGAAGUCUCGGGGUGAUCUUCUGCUCAACCUCUCUCUUGGGAGGCAUUGUGUCAUCUCUUUUAGUUCCGGUCCAGCAGGCCGUCGCUGUAAUUGUCUUGCCGGAAAGCUUCAAUGCCGAAAAGGGUAUGUCCUUGGCGAUGUGCCUCUGGGGUUUUGCCUCCUACCUUUAUGGAGAGUACAAGGUAAGUCGAAAGAAGCAGACAAGGAAACUACAGCCAGUGGAAGAAGUAUGAAAUACAAGUAUUCUCAAUAUAGCUGAUGGAAUUCCAAGUCUAGACAACACAAUUGCAUUGUGGCCACUACAAAAUACAAGUUGUUUGUUAUUUAAUGAGGCUAUGUCAAAUUGACAUAUCAUUAAGUUAGAGACUCUUUUAUAAGUUGAUUAGAUGAUAGUAUGGGUUUAGGUAGACCAAUCUAAUUUCAUCUGAUUGGACUUUUAAAGUAGGUUUCUAUAGAAAUAUGAUUUAUUUUAUCUCAUAUUUGUGCAUAUAAAAUCAAAUCAAAUAUUAUUGCUUGCG